UUGGCACUGAGAAAGCUCAAAGAAAAGAGCCGGAAGCGAGAAAAAAAUCAAUAAGGGAGGCGAUGCUCCGGCUGGCCGGAUCCUUCCCUCGUCUGCCCCCUCCCGUGCGCCCUAUCUCCCCAGCCCCCGCCCCGUCCCAGCUCUCACUCCGCCGCGUUCUCCUCCUCCUCUCCUCCGCCGGCUUCAGCCCCCCUUCCUGUUACAGCAGCCCUUCCUUCGCAGCGAUGGCGGCGGCGGCGCCGCCGGUGGCCAAGAAGGUCCCGCGGCAGCUCGUUGAGCACGGCGACGUCCGCGUCGACAACUACUACUGGCUCCGCGACGACUCUCGAUCCGACCCGGACGUCCUCGCGCACCUCCGCGCCGAGAACGACUACACCGCCGCCGUCAUGUCCGAUGUCAAGCAACUUGAGGAUGAAAUAUAUGCUGAAAUCAGAGGAAGAAUAAAGGAAGAUGAUAUAGAUGCGCCUCUUCGCAAAGGGCGGUACUACUACUAUGAAAGGACAUUGACUGGCAAGGAGUAUGUGCAACACUGUAGGCGUCCCGUAUCGACUGAUGCUCCUAUUACAGUCCACGAUGUGAUGCCCACAGGACCUGAUGCCCCUGAUGAGCAUAUUAUCCUGGAUGAGAAUGUUAAGGCUGAGGGCCACGACUACUACAGCAUCGGAGCUUUCAAGGUCAGUCCCAACAACAAGCUAGUUGCUUACGCUGAAGACACUAAAGGUGAUGAAAUCUACACGGUCUAUGUCAUUGACACGGAGAGUGGAGAAUACGUUGGGCAACCACUUAAAGGAAUUACUUCUGACAUUGAGUGGGCUGGUGACGACCACCUCGUUUACAUUACAAUGGAUAGUAUACUUCGGCCAGAUAAAGUAUGGCUACAUAAGUUAGGGUCUGACCAAUCAAGUGAUGCUUGUUUGUAUCAUGAGAAAGAUGAUACAUUUUCUCUAGGCCUUCAAGCUUCUGAAAGCAAGAGAUAUUUAUUUGUUGAAUCUGGAAGCAAAAACACAAGCUUUAUAUUCUACCUGGACAUACCCAAACAGAACAAGGAACUUGCUGUUUUGACACCUCGUGUGUAUGGCAUUGAUACAACAGCUAGUCAUCGUGGAAAUCAUUUCUUUAUUAAGAGGCGAAGUGAUGAAUUCUACAAUUCUGAAUUGGUUGCUUGUCCACUGGAUAAUGUAGCUGAGACCACUAUACUGCUACCACAUAGAGAAAGUGUGAAAAUACAAGACUUCCAGCUCUUUGACAACCAUAUUGCUGUAUAUGAGCGUGAGAAUGGCCUUCCCAAAGUGAUCGUAUAUCGGCUACCUGCUAUUGGAGAGUCAAUUGGACAACUCCAGGGAGGUCGAGCGAUUGAUUUUAUUGAUCCAACAUAUGCUGUGGACCCUGAGGAGUCUCAGUUUCAUUCAUCUGUUCUACGAUUUCAUUAUAGCUCAAUGCGGACUCCACCCUCUGUUUAUGACUAUGAUAUGGAUUCAGGGGUGUCUGUGCUGAAGAAGAUCCAUACUAUUUUAGGCGGAUUCAAUGCAUCAAAUUAUGUAACAGAAAGAAAAUGGGCUGCUGCUGCUGAUGGCACUCAGGUCCCCAUGUCCAUUCUAUACAGAAAUGAUCUUGUGAAGCUUGAUGGCUCAGACCCUAUGCUACUCUAUGGCUAUGGCUCCUAUGAGAUAUGCAUAGAUCCGAGUUUUAGAGGGUCACGAUUCUCUCUGGUAGAUAGGGGCUUUAUAUAUGUGAUAGCUCAUAUCCGCGGUGGUGGUGAAAUGGGCCGGAAGUGGUACGAGGAUGGGAAACUGUUGAAGAAGAAAAACACUUUCACUGAUUUCAUUGAUUGUGCUGAGCACUUGAUAAAAAGCAAGUACUGCUCCAGGGAAAAGCUUUGCAUUAAUGGCAGAAGCGCAGGUGGCUUAUUGAUGGGUGCUGUCCUAAAUAUGAGGCCUGACUUAUUCAGGGCAGCUGUUGCUGGAGUGCCUUUUGUUGAUGUUGUCACAACUAUGCUUGAUCCAACUAUCCCACUGACAACAGCUGAAUGGGAGGUGAUGGCGCAAGAGUAUCCCAACAUUCUUGUCACUGCAGGCUUAAACGAUCCACGCGUGAUGUACUCUGAGCCUGCGAAAUACGUGGCGAAGCUGAGGGAGCUGAAGAGAGAUGACAAUCUUGUGCUGUUCAAGUGCGAGCUGGGAGCUGGACACUUCUCCAAAUCGGGAAGGUUCGAGAAAUUACAGGAGGAUGCGUUUACUUAUGCGUUCAUCCUAAAGGCGCUGGGCAUGACUCGGAAGCUGGCAUCACUGUGAAUUCGAUUGGUGUGAGGCACCUGGACUGGAUUUGUAUCAUGGCCUGCCCUCUUGGUUGGGGGAUGGAUGGAUUCUGAUGGAAUAUGCAUUUAGAUUUGAAUAGGGACACAGAUGUUAUGCAAAAGAGAUUGUUUGAAACUUUGAAUUCUGAUUUGCAUUUGGAUAUCUGUCCUAGAAUAAUUGUGCUUCUAUUAUUCAAUAUUUGCCCCAUUUUUAACCUAUGGACCAUAUAAAUUUUGCUAUUUUCUC